AACUUGCUAUGAAACAUGCAACUGAGGAUGUGAUGAAUAUGGUACAGGUUUUCCAAGAUGAAACAGGGCAACCACAAACAAUUGAAAUGAUGAACAACCGCAUGAUAGAAAUAAUGAAAGUAUUUGAAAGACAAACAAAUAAGUUACACAGAGUUGUAAAUGAACAGGAUGUGGUGGAAGGUAAAUUACAGAAAAUUCAGCAAGAAUUUCGAAAGCUAGCAGAAGAAAAAGAAAUAAUGGAGGAUGAACUUCAAAAAAUGAAAGCUUCAGAGCAAGAAAAAAGGAUGACAGAUUCAAGGAAAAAAAUGCUACCUAAACUGGAAAAAAUGAAAAUUGAAGAGAAACCACAAAUUUCUUCAGAAAAGACCGAAGGGGCACAGAAACCAGAGUCUGUUUCUGUAAAGCAGAGAGAACAUCUGAAAAUGAAAGAAGAUUUAACUAAAGCUCAGGAAGACAUUCAGUCACUUCAGGAAGAGAAGAAAAUGCUUGAAGAGAAGCUACAGAAAGCAUUACAGGAAGUUGAGAAGGCAAAGAUUCAGCUUGCUGAAAUACCUCCAACUAUUCCAGACUGGCAAUUCCCUACUUCAGCAGUUGAGGAAGAGGUACCAAAGAAAGGCAAGAAAAUGUCAAAAGGGAAAGUUAAAGGAGAUGAUUUAAGAGAAAUCUCUAUUAAUGGAACAGAAAAAACAAUCCCAAAAUCGCAAAGAGCUGACACAGGAAAAACUAGUGAAGUACUUUCACAAAAAAGCCAGGAACUGGUUAAACAAAAAGGACCAGCUGGUGUUAUGGAAAAGGUUCCAAAACAGACUUCCCAAUCUGAAGACACUGAAAAAAAAAUGGAAGAAUCAAAGAAAAUAAAAGCUGAGAUGGUUGAUUCCAAAGGUGUGUCAAAACUCAAGGAAUCUUCCGAAAUGAAGAAACGACGUACAAAGGGCGCAGGGAAAGACACAUCUAUACAAGAAAAGCAGCAGUUGCCUGAUUCUGCAAAAGAUGAGGAAAAAAUAUUGCCUGUAAUUUUAGAUAAACCUGUAGAAAUGCUUCCACCAGACUCAAAAAGAAGGGGAAAAGAAAUUACCAUAUCUCCUCAACUCACUAUGGAAGAACAUGUGCCAAGCACUGAACAGAAAACUUUACCAGUUAUUCCAGAAUUAAAAAUGAAAGAUUCAGCUGAAUUUAAGCCUUUAACAUUGCAAAAAGAAAUUCCAAGACUUGACAUAGACUCAGUAGGACUUAAAAAAGAGGAGAAAAGUCACCCCUUGAUCAGUAAAAGCAUGGUUCAGUUAGGAGAUCAUUUGACUGAGCUAAAGAGAAUGCCUGAAGCUGAAAUUUUAGCAAAACUCUUGCUUGAGCCUGACGAAGGAAAAUUACCAGAGAGACAAAAACUUGAAUUACUUCAGAUACUAAAUCAGCUGGUAACUACGGAUGAACUACAGCAAGCUG